AUGGCGGUCGUCGAGAAUUUCGCGCCCCAGAUCGUGUUCCUCCCAGACAUCGACGAGCCGUCACAGGACCACCACGCCCUGAUUCCACGGACGCCCGUCCCCGCCACAUUCAACACCAAUGCCCUUCUGUCGCUACCCAUCGUCGACGAGGGAGCGGAUCUUGUGAAAAGAUAUACGGGCGAGACGGUUCAUAUCCAAAACCUUUUGGAUUUGAUGCCGACAUGGCCCAGCAAAAAACACAGCCAAGAUGUGCUCGACGAGGUCGCAGCCGAGAUAGACGGGUGGUUAAAAACUGUCAAUGUCCCACAGGCCAAGAAGGAGUGCGGCACAGGCGAAAGAUACACCACACUCGCUAGCGUCUUGUACACAGACUGCUCCAAGAGGAAACUAGUCACCCUAGCCAAGUACCAGUGCUGGAGUGCCUGGUUUGGCGAGGAGAUGGACAACCCAGCCCUCGACUCGGCAGCGACCCGCCACCUCCGCGACCAGACGCUGCGAUGCAUCGACACCUGCCUAGGUAGCUCGCCGCCGGGCCCAACAAACCUCGACAACACCGCCUCGGGCACGGUCGCGGUGCUGCGCGAGGUCCUGACGGCGAUGCGGGCCGAGAUGGCGACGAGCUCGGCCGACCGGCUGCGGCGCGAGCUGCGCGACUCGGUCGAGAGCGCGGCGCGGAGGCACGCGGCGCGGCGGCACGACACCCUGCCCGACCCGUGGCACCACCUCGACGUGCGCUGCGACGACGUCGGCGCCCUGCCCAACAUCACGGCCGGCGAGUAUGCCAUGGGGUUUGGCCUCCCCGACGCGGUGCGGUACCACGAGGCCGUCGAGACGGUCGUGCUCGAGUGCACCAGGCUGGCGACGCUGGUGCACGAGGUGCUGAGCUGCCAGAGAAAUUUCCGCGACGGCAAAUUGGAUAACAUGUGUCUCCUUCUCGCAAACGCCGAGAACAUAUCGGUCCAGGCCGCCGUCGCCAAGGUCCUUGGCCUGGUACGGAAACACUACGAGGCCUGCGAGGCGGCAGAAUCGCGGCUCCCUUUGUCCGAGAAUGCCUCGAACCUGAACGACCAAAUCCGCGGCUACGUCGGGGGCUGCAAGCGGCUGGCCACAGGCACGGCGCACUGGGCGUAUCUUUGCGGGCCAUGUUUCGACACAGCCAGCCUGGGUGAGAUCUGGGCCUUGUCGUUUACUCUGGGGCAGUAA